AUGCAGCCUUUGCCUCCUCCUUCCAACCGAGGCCAAUCUUCUUCUUCAGCGUUCCAGUCCACAGAUACCAUAAUCGCUCCUGCCACCGAGGGGAAAAAGAAAAGAAAACAUCGCGGCGGCAAGAAGCGGAGGAAUCGGCGUCAGUCUUUUGCUGCUCCUCCUUCAGAAGCAUCUGCCCGUCCCAGUAUUGCGGACGGCACCGACGAUCCUUUGAUUGAAGAAUCGUCUCAGCCCUCGUUUUACAAUCAAGCCUCCUCCAAUCUCAGCCGGGAUAGCCUCGACAGUGAAGCAUUGCUUGACCAUCGAGAACAGCCUUCCAUCCGUCCGCGUCGAGAAAGCCGCCUAAUUCCAAACAUCUUUGCGCAAUCCUAUUCUGGAGGUUCUUUUUCUCGACCAGACAAUACAGCCCGCCGCUCCUAUCGCAGUCAUCAAAAACCUUCCAGUCCUGGUGCUGAGCCUAAUGAGGAGGACGUCUUUGAUCAUACUCCACUGCUUCUUGGCGCCUCUCAACGCAGGAGCCCCGUCGAAACUGGCUAUGGCCUAUUUAGAACAAAGUCCGAUGAUUCUACCCUCUCGGCCACGUCCAAAAAGCAGAAGAAGCGCACAAAUGGCACUGUUUCCUCUCUUGCCAGAUCAGAUCCUACCUACGAUGUCAACAAUCCUCCUUCCGUCCCGACCAGCCCCAGCUUCGGUCCGCAGCAUGACGAUGUCAUGGUCGAUGAUGGGAACUUCCUGCCUAGGUCACCUGAUAGCAGAAGGAAUCUCCCAGCUGCCACAAGAGACACUCUGAUCGACAUUGAUGGUGAUGGCGAAGGUGGUCCUAACUCCGCUCCCCCAAGUCCGAGACUCCGACCCGAAGGUCUACAACGUCACCGCGCCAUGACUCUUCCUGUCGAGGGGGAUGUCUGUUUCCCUGGUGAUGAGGCUGCUUCCGAGGUUGCUGACGACCAUUUCGAGCGAACGAGACAUCCUGGCCGUGAAUCGGGAGGCCCUCGGAGAAGACGUCGUCAACGUGAAUGGCCGCAAGUCUGGGUGUUAGAUGAGUGGGCUCGUCAAGAAAAGGAAGCCAGGGCCGGUGAGCGUCGGGCAAAGAAAAUCAGCGAGCCUGUCUUCGUGAACGGAAGGCUUCGGGCGCCCAAAAAUGCCUGGCAUCGUGUUGAGGGAGAUGUCCAGUAUCGCUAUACCUAUUUCAACGAAGAAUUCGAGAGCACCAUUCACUCCGAAUCCAUCUCGGAACUGGUCCAACCUGGCUCCUCUUUCCGCGAAUUGUUCAUCCCUGAGCCCCCAGAACUCACUGAGUCCAGUAGUAGUGAGGAUGAGGACCACCUUGACCAGCAGAAGGACGUGCUCCUGAGUGAAAUGCAGAGUCCCAAAAGUCAGAUUGCACAACUCGGGGGCCCUGCUGACAUCUCGACACUCUCAAACAAGCUUAAGGUCGGUACUGAGCCCAACGGGAAAGGCUCUGAGAAGAACUCGGGAUCAGUCACUCCACAAAAGAAGUCGACGCCUCCACGAACGCCCAAGACCAAGAAGUAUGGCCCUCGUCCCACAUUCUGGCUCGAUGUUUUCUGCCCGACCGAUCAAGAAAUGCGGAUAUUGUGCAAGGCAUUCGGCAUUCAUGCUCUUACUUCUGAAGAUAUCAUGUUACAGGAAGCGCGUGAGAAGGUCGAACUCUUUCGCAAUUACUACUUCAUCAACUAUCGAACAUUUGAGCAGGACACCCAAAGCGAAGACUACCUGGAGCCCAUAAACAUGUACGUCUGCGUCUUCAGAUAUGGUAUUAUUACGUUCCACUUCUCACAAAUUCCACACCCUGCCAACGUUCGGCGGCGAAUAAGGCAGCUUUCGGACUAUCUUAUCCUUAGCGCUGAUUGGAUAUCCUACGCCAUUAUCGAUGACAUUACGGAUGUCUAUCAACCUUUGAUAACUUCGAUUGAGGAGGAAGUCGAUGAUAUUGAUGACCUCAUUCUCAAGUAUUUCUCAAGGACCAAUGAGCUAGGAGGGGGGAAGCAAGACCACAAGGACCCCAACAACGAGAAGGACCCUGACGCAGCCGAGACCUCGAGUGGGAUGGAAAUGCUGAUUCGAAUUGGUCAAUGUCGCAAGAAGGUCAUGUCGUUAUACCGGCUACUAGGAAACAAAGCAGAUGUCAUCAAGGGUUUCGCCAAACGGUGCAAUGAGCAGUGGGAGGUGGCGCCCAAAUCCGAGAUUGGCCUGUAUCUGGGUGACAUUCAGGAUCACAUCUUGACAAUGACGGGAAACCUUUCCCAUUAUGAGACCCUUCUUGGGAGAGCCCACAACAACUACCUUGCUCAAGUCAGCAUCAAUAUGAACGAGAGGCAGGAAAAGACAGCAGACGUCCUAGGCAGGCUGACGGUACUUGGAACGAUCGUUCUUCCCAUGAACAUCAUUACGGGCAUGUUUGGCGGAAAUUUCAAAGUCCCUGGCCAAGAUGUCGACAACCUCAAUUGGUUCUGGGCUACCACAGGGGGCUUGGUUCUAUUUGGUAUCAUAUGUUUCUACUGGUGCAAGAAGGUAUACAAGGUUGUGUGA